AUGGCCUAUUACAGUCGCGGAGAUUUCCGGAAAGCCAUAGAGUACCAUGAACGACACCUCAAAAUUUCGAAAGAAGUGGGAGACAGGGCAGGAGAAGGAACAGCGUACGGUAAUCUUGGCAACGCCUAUGACAGCCUUGGAGAUUUCCAGAGAGCCAUAGAGUACCAUGAACGACACCUCAAAAUUUCGAAAGAAGUGGGAGACAGGGCAGGAGAAGGAAUAGCGUACUGUAAUCUUGGCAUCGCCUAUUACAAUCUGGGAGAUUUCCGGAAAGCCAUAGAGUACCUUGAACGACACCUCAAAAUUUCGAAAGAAGUGGGAGACAGGGCAGGAGAAGGAAGAGCGUACGGUAAUAUUGGCAACGCCUAUGACAGCUUUGGAGAUUUCCAGAAAGCCAUAGAGUACCAUGAACGAAACCUCAAAAUUUCGAAAGAAGUUGGAGACAGGGCAGGAGAAGGAAGCGCGUACGGUAAUCUUGGCAACGCCUAUCACAGUCUUGGAUAUUUCCAGAAAGCCAUAGAGUACCUUGAACGACACCUCAAAAUUUCGAAAGAAGUUGGAGACAGGGCAGGAGAAGGAAGAGCAUGCGGUAAUCUUGGCAACGCCUAUGACAGCCUUGGAAAUUUCCAGAAAGCCAUAGAGUACCAUGAACGAAACCUCAAAAUUUCGAAAGAAGUGGGAGACAGGGCAGGAGAAGGAAGAGCGUACGGUAAUCUUGGCAACGCCUAUCACAGUCUUGGAUAUUUCCAGAAAGCCAUAGAGUACCAUGAACGACACCUCAAAAUUUCGAAAGAAGCUGGAGACAGGGCAGGAGAAGAAAGAGCGUACGGUAAUCUUGGCAACGCCUAUAGAAAUCUUGGAGAUUUCCAGAAAGCCAUAGAGUACCAUGAACGAGACCUCAAAAUUUCGAAAGAAGUGGGAGACAGGGCAGGAGAAGGAAAAGCGUACGGUAGUGUUGGCAACGCCUAUCACUGUCUUGGAGAUUUCCAGAAAGCCAUAGAGUACCAUAAACGACACCUCAAAAUUUCGAAACAAAUGGGAGACAGGGCAGAAAAGGAACAGCAUACGGUAAUCUUGGCAACGCCUAUUACAGUCUUGGAGAUUUCCAGAAAGCCAUAGAGUACCAUGAACGCUGCCUUAAAAUUUCGAAAGAAGUUGGAGACAGGGCAGGAGAAGGAAGAGCGUACGGUAGUGUUGGCAACGCCUAUCACAGUCUUGGAGAUUUCCAGAAAGACAUAGAGUACCAUGAACGACACCUUAAAAUUUCGAAAGAAGUUGGAGACAGGGCAGGAGAAGGAACAGCGUACGGUAAUGUUGGCAACGCCUAUCACUGUCUUAAAGAUUUCCAGAAAGCCAUAGAGUACCAUGAACGAGACCUCAAAAUUUCGAAAGAAGUGGGAGACAGGGCAGGAGAAGGAAGAGCGUACGGUAAUCUUGGCACUGACUAUAACAGUCUUGGAAAUUUCCAGAAAGCCGUUCAGUGUUAUGAGAACAGUGUUAUAGCCUUCGACCACAUUAGGAGAAAUCUCAUAUCUAACGACGAAUGGAAGAUUACCCUGAAAAGUACGUAUGAUCAGAUUAAUUUAAGGCUGUGGGAGCUGCUUUUUAAGGAAGGUAAAGUCAUCGAGGCACUUUUAACUGCUGAUCAAGGACGUGCAGGAGCUUUAAAUGAUCUUCUGGAGUUCAAGUAUGGCCUUAGAGGGUUACGCCCAGAAAUAGGAACACUUUCUGCAAGACCAAGUGACUUUGCUAGUUAUUUACCACCAAAUACAGCUUUCAUGGGUAUUAGCGAGGGAGGAAUAGUUCUCUGGGUGAACGAGAAAGGAAAUGAAAUCAAAACUAGAAGAACUGAGAUUGAUAUCUCCGUCACAACCUAUAUCCAGUCUCUAUUGGAGGCUACACAUAAAGAAAUAGGUGUAAGAGCUGAUGUUAAUUGUGAAGAUCGUUCAUUAAGUAAUUCAAGCGAUAAGAAGUUAGCAGAAGAAAGAUCAAGUAAGGUAAAGUCUCAUCCUUCCUAUUUUGAGACAAAGUCAUUGCAAACAUUUUACAACGUUGUUAUAGACCCUAUAAGAGACUUACUCCAGGGCGAUGAGGUUGUGAUUGUUCCAGAAGGACCUCUGUGUUUGGCGCCUUAUGCUGCUUUCAUGGACUUAAAAUCAAAGUACCUCUGCGAAACGUUUAGAAUUCGUCUGCUUCCCUCACUUUCUAGUCUGCGAUUAAUCCAAAAUUGUCCAGCAGAUUGGCAUAGCAAGACUGGCGCUCUUCUUGUCGGCGAUCCGAGGGUACAGGAGGUAGUUUAUGAAGGAAUGACGGUAGAGCAGUUAGAGUGGGCCGAAAAGGAAGUGCAGAUGAUUGGGGAAAUACUUCAAACUGAGCCUCUCGUUGGAAAGCUGGCAACAAAAGAUGAAGUUUUAAGACGUAUCUCCUCGGUUGCUUUAGUGCACAUUGCUGCUCACGGUAAAAUGGAAACAGGAGAAAUUGCCUUGGCCCCUAAAACAACACGUUCAUCCUUGAAUCCAGCCAGAGAGGACUAUCUCUUAACUAUGCAAGAUGUUUUAAAGGCGCAGAUUAGGGCAAGACUUGUUGUACUCAGUUGCUGUCACAGUGCGCGGGGAGAAGUGAAAUCUGAGGGUGUGGUCGGCAUUGCAAGGGCAUUUUUGGGUGCUGGUGCUCGCUCUGUUCUGGUGUCCCUGUGGGCGAUCGACGACGAAGCUACUAUGGAGUUCAUGAAAGUUUUCUACCAACACCUAGUCCAUGGACGAAGUGCCAGUGAGGCCUUGAAUGAAGCCAUGAAAUCCAUGAGAGAAUCUGACGACUUUAGUGCAGUGAAGUACUGGGCGCCGUUUGUUCUCAUUGGUGAUGACGUAACGCUAGAGUUUGAAGGCAAGGUAUUUUGAGACAUAUUUAAACCUGGGAUCAUAAUUCCUGUUUUUGCAUACGUCAUUUUAUGUACCAAUUAUUUUUGUCGCUUUACUAGGCAACGAACUCAACCGGUGCCAAUUAAUUAGUAUCAAUCUGCCAGUCACUGGUCAAGUUCACCAGAACAACACCGGAGUCUGACUUUGGUAGUUUGUUUGGCAGUUAAAUACAAUAUUUACACUACAAUAUUUAUUUCAAGUCUCAUGGAUUGAUUUCUUUUCAUUUCAAUGUCUCGGUGGCCCCGUUUGAGUUCGUUCCAUUGAAACUUACAGUCGAACCUGACGUAAGCGACGACCUAAAAUGCCAAGAUCAAAUUUCCGGUCGCUUAUUCUACGGAAGGUGGUCGCUUAGGAAAGUCUCCAGAUAUGGUAAAUCCUUUAUCAAGCCUUGCGGAGGUUAAUCUAUUUCAAGAACGUUUGAAAGAGGGCCUUAUUUUAUUGAAAGAAGAUUGUGGUAUCAUUAAGAUUUGUUCAUAAAGAACUAGAACGCUAAGUGAAAAAGUUCAGGCACAUGAAGUUGGAGAUCAUGAAGCCGAAGAUCAAAAUCAAAUCGUGAUAAAUCAAUACAUCCAUUAUACGUCUAUUAUUAAAAUAUAAGAAUUGGCAGAAGGGACUUGGAAGAGAGAGGGGGUUUAAAAGCUUUCUUUCCCUAAAAAGGGGAGCUUAUUAUAGAGAGGGGGGCUUAAUAGAGGAUUUAUGGUAUGCAAGAUUCUUUAAAUCCACAAUAAGUCUAAUCGUUGGUUGAAGUUACCAAUUUAAAUGUGACCCUUUGCUCUAAUAGAUUCAGAGCGUGUUCGAUUCACCGUAUUCCGCGUCUCAAAUAAAAAUAACUGGAAUAAAGUUGCUAGAAAUCACUUGUUUUGUCUUUCAUUGUAUUGCAAUAUCUACAAAACUGCUUCAAAUAAAGUAUCCUUAUCUAUAUAAACUUUAAAUGGUUCAAAAAUUACGGUAUAGAAGAGGUUUGUAACAAAAUUUUUUCGUAUUCUUAUUCCAGAAUACGAUCAAUCAAGCGCACUCUUAGAAGUGAGUUGUCAAAAUUUUAUGCCCCUCCGGGUGAAAUCACUAUCUUUUUCUUUUGUUAGCCAACUAACGUUGCUUUUUUCUGUUGUUGUUGUUGUUGUUGUUGUUGUAUAGGUAUGAUGAAGAAUGCAGUGAAGCAGUUCCUAGCUAUCUGAAGUUGAAGUCAGUUUCUAAUUUGCGUCACAAUUACGAGGUAGAGCGUUCCUCGCAAGAAUAGGAGCACUUUAUCCAGAAGAGAAAAUUAUAUGCUGUUAAUAAAUAAGUUGAAGCUUUACGUAGUCUAAAAAUUACAGUGUACAGGUAUUUCGUAGCUUAUUUUGCGACCAGUCGUGUGCACUUGAAACUUGUUUUAUAGUCACCUGAAAAAUAUCAGGAAUCAGUGGUCAAUUUCGGCUAUUUUCAUUGAUGCCACAUGGGACAGAGGCACUUUAGAGUAACAAUUUAAGAUAGUUCUCUACUGUUAUAUUAUUUACACAGCUGUAGUUUUGAAUUCUUUUGGCAGAGUUUUUUAAGUUCAUUAGUGUCUAGAUUGGUCUCCAUUCUAAUAAUGAAGUCAAAUUCCCUGUUCAGUGACAAGGAUAAAUCAUGCACUAAUAAAGGUAGUUUUACAUUUACUCGGUCUUUUUGAUAGGCGUAGGAUUUAUAUUUAAUGGCCCAGGCGUAUUCGCGUUCCCGACGUAGUUUUUACCAUAAAGUUUUCUGAUUUUUCUUCUCGACACCUUUUACCACCCUGAUACAAGACGAAAAGCCGGAAAAAAAAAUAGAAAGAUGACUAGAGAAAUUUAAAAACUCUGUAAUUGUUUGGUGCCUGGUCAAAACAAAUUGAAGAGUCCGUUGAUCUCUGUUUUGUAGAAAACAAAAUUUUCAAGUUUGAUUUAAGUCUUCAUGACUUUUAAUUAUACAUCUGCACAGAGAAUACGUUUUACUGACAUAACCAAGAUUGUACCUAUAAAAAUAAAUUUAUCUUUUUGUGUAUCUGAACUGAUGUCUAUGUUAAGUGUCAAAACAAUGAUCUGGAACUUCAAAAUUGUAAAGCUGACAAGGAUAUCCCUUCUUUUGUAAGUUUAUUAGACACUGGUCUACAGAAAGCACAUAGUAGAUUUGAUUGCAGACGCGACUCUAGGCUGACGAUCAGCUAACAUUCUGGCAACAAGCAAAUGAUUUUGAUGGAAUAAAGUCCACAUAAAUUUAAAUUACUGCUUUAAAAGUCUUCUAUAAGUUUUGGUUUGCUUGUGCUUUCAAGUCACACGAUUGUAAAUGACACUGUAAUAAGUAAUAAUUAUUUAUAAUAUAAUGUACAUUAUUAGCGUAAUCCUUACAUAUAAAAAGCAGAGAGCUACAGGAUAUAUUUUGAUGUGCAUAGAACAGCAUGUUAACGGAUUUUCCGCUUGGGGUACUCGAAAAGUUUUGUAGGCAAAGGCCACGCCCCAAGGUCUAACUCCUUACCCUUUUAAACAUACCAUUUUUGACAGAAAAGGUAUCCCUUUCACAUAAUUAAGAUCUUUCCAUCCCUUUUAAGUAAGGGUUAUUUACCUGGAACGAUGGGGUAUGUGAUAUCUUCACCUGGUGCCGCCCUGAGGGCGCAACCCGAGGGGCGGCUCUGGGAUGGAUAGUCUGCGUUGCAGCCGACUCACGUACUUGUCUAAACCAUUUGUAUGGUCAGAAGGUUUAGAGCGUCUGCGACGCAGGCAGUGGAUGGAUAAAUAUCAUAUACCCCGAAGGGACAGGUAAAUAACUUGCUUGUAUUUCAAUUGUGAGGUUUCCUAAAGCAAAAAGCUCUUAAGGUAAUUCGCUUGUUUUCGGCAUUGCGCAUCACUCAGCACAUAAUGUUGCGACUUAAAAGGUGGCGUUGAUUUUCACCGGUCGCCCAAAAAGAAGUAGUUAUGGCUCUUUUUGCAGUCCAAAUGCGUUAAAUAGCAAUUUUGAUUAUUCUACCUGGCUAAAGAGGUGUUUGUGUUGAAACUCGCCCCAGUCCUCUCGCGCAAAAUGAUCGUUUGAAGCCGAAAUAAUCCCUUUGUUGUCGUUUUGCUAUGAAACGGGAAAGGUGACCCCCUUUCUAUUUGUGUUUUUUACUCGCUAUGACCACACAAAACAUAUCUAUUCGGGAGGAAAAAAUCUGGAUAGAUAACAAUUAUUCACCGACGUGGAGGUGGCUAGUCCUGGAUAUUUACCGAACUGCGAAGCAGUGAGGUAAAUAUCCACGACUAGCCACCGACACUGAGGUGAAUAAUUGUUUUAGUAUAUACUAAAACAGUGAGAUAAUUGAGCACAAAAAUGACGAUUUUUAACUCAAAUACUGUUGCCACCGAUUACAAUUUUGUCGCGUAAUGACCGGGCGGCCGCGGCCGUCGCUUUUUCUUGCCGACAAUUAAAACUUUUGAAGGCAUUUGUUUCGCUCUUGCGGGGAAAUUUCUUCAAAAGGAGUUGUGAAUUCUUUCUGUAUUCAAAAUCAUUCUAUAAAAAACGAUUAUUAAAUUUAGUUUUAAGCUUAUUUAUGAACAACUCAACUAAAUAAAGUAACGCAAGACUUAAACUUAAUUUGCAUUUGUAAACAAAAAACUUUUUCACCGGUUUUAUCGAUAAAUUCGUGUCAAAAAGACAAAGCUUUACCUGUUAAAACUUCAAAUCCGAACUUCGUCACCUUCUUGGUGUAUUUCGGAAACAGCUUGCUUGAUUAGUUGUGAAAUUUCUUUGUUUGUUUACGGCAGCAAACCGGGAAGGCAUUUUGCUCGCAACUUACGCGAGUUUGGCGUCGCUCGCUCGGAGGAACUGGAGGUGAAUCAGUUAAUAGUGCAGGAUAUUCACUGAUUGAGUAGCCAGUUAGAGCGCGCGAAAAACACUAUCCACUCUUUUAGUAUAUACUAAUAGAAGAUAUUUUGUUUUAGAUAUGAAUGACGCAAAUUUCCGGAUUUAGAUCCACGGAUGUACGAGAUAAUGGUAAAACUGGCCAUUUCUCUACAGUUUUUUCAAGAUCCGGUAAUUGAAGGUCUCGUAACUGAAAAAAUAUAACCCAGACAAACAAACGUGCUGAAAGUUUUAGAAAGAUUCAUAGUUUUUGGCUAUAAAGUAAGAAUUUUUGACGAUUGGUUUCGAACAUUUCGCGUGCAACAAGGAAAAAUUGCUCAGUAUUAUGGGUACACAGGGCGAAAACAAGCCCGUUGACCCCAUCUUUUUAUUGCAGUUUUCCAAUGUCCAAUACAUGGCUGACGUUUGUACCAAGUUUGAAAAAAAUCAUGAUUGUACAUCAUUUUCGUUCAAGGGAAGUUACCUUAAUUAAUUCUCUAGAACUGCUUAUUCCCAAGAGACUCGAAUUGUUUGAGGUUGAAUUCUAAAAUAUGGAAAUUGGUCAAUUCGUGUGGAGAGGUCAAACAGUAGUUUUACCAGAAAGAGACGAGUACCUCCGAGGAAUACUAUUCUUAACGUUAAAGCAGAGUUGUUUUGGAAACUCUUACGGAUCUCCCACCGCGACAGAGUUUUGUCAGUUGUCCAACGAGUCACAUUGCAAACAAGGACGUUCGCAGGUAAAAGUUGGAGAUGUAAUGUUAAAUUCGUUUAAAAGUGACGCGGCCGGUGAUGCGAAUAUCUAGUUUGCGCUAUGACAACAGCCGACGAAGAAAGUGAAGUCCAAGAAAAUGUGGUAAGUACAUUAAAUCGAAAAAUUUUGACUUGUGUAGUUUUAGUAGGAUGGUUAAACAUGUUGAGGGGAACAUGAGCAGGGGAAUGGAAAAAUAUAUUGCACUGUUCUGUUAUUGUUAUCAGCUACUAAUUGUUUCAACCCCGCACCCCGCGUUCUAUUACAGUCAAAGCCGCCACCAACGUUUCAGACAGUGAAUAAUAGUGUGAGGAUUAUGUAACAAAUGAUUCCCUUAAAAAGAACUAAAAUAACCGAGACAAGGGAAAAUAAUUGCUGUAAAUACACUGUCUUUAAAAUAUCAAUAAAUAAGAGAACCAGCACUUGGUCCAGAAUCACAGCCAUAACAUGCAUCAGGGGCACCCAAUAGAUCUGUUUCUAAACAAAUAUAUGUUCUUCAGGUCAAUUUUUGCUGGAUGGGAGUUUGGAAGAAGUGAUCUGUCCAAAGAUGGAAAGUGUUGCUUGGAAAAAUAUAACUGUGGGUGUCUGUUGGGAUUUGAUGUGUAGAAUAUCUGGGAUGAAUGUUUUGCCAGAAACUUCCCCACCCCAUGAAGCGAUAAAUUCGCCUUUUGGCCACACCCAUGUUUCUAUGCCCCUCUCUACCCCUCACUGAAGGUCUGAAUUUUGUCCUGUGGCCUCACCCAAACCGGCCAGAAGUGCCUGGAGAUACGUCUGCUGGGAAACUUUCCAGUAAGUCAGGUUGCAAGUUUUAGGUACACCUUGCUGGCUUGGAACUCUUCCAUCAGUCUUGCUGGGAGUGAGGAACACAUAACUUUUUCCCAGCAAUCUCCCAAUCGAAGUGACUACACACAGAGAGAGUCAAAUAAAGGUAAAGGUACUGGAGUAAAGCAGUCCCCACCCCUCCCAUUUUCUCAGGGAAACGCCCUGGGAACGAGGUUAAAGCGGGGACCCCCCUCUUUGAGUCUUUUGUGAAAGGAAAAAACCUGUUUCCACACUGGUGUUUAAGUGAAAAACAUGUUUUCACAUUUGGAUACAACGUUUCUUUUCCUAACGAAAAAUCCCAAUGAUCCUUAUUUUUGACCUGACCUUGGAUUUUAGUAAAGAAACGCUUAGUUAGAAACGUUUAGUUAGCUCGGUUAGUUAGCUUUCUUAUUUAGCUGUCAGUGAAGCUUAAUUAGCUCCCCAAAGUGUCUCGAUCUCUAGUAAUUUUUUACUGUGUGGCCCUCUCAGUCACCCCUCCGUUCACAACUUAGUUCUUACUAUGUGGCCCUCCCAGUCACCCCUCCCUUCACAACCUAAUUCUUCGUGUCGGCAACCGAUAUACAGUUUUGGUUUUCUAAAGGUGACUUUACACGAGACGAUUUUAGCGCGACACAGCGUUGCAACAUUGUUGCAACAUUGUUUCGAAUAGUUACAACAUUUCUCCAACAUUGCAACGCUUGGCGGCUUUGAUUGUAAUAGAGGCGGAGUGCGAAAAUAAUUGCUGUAAAUACACUGUCUUUAAAGAUUUAGUGAAGUCCAAGAAAAUGUGGUAAGUACACUAAAUCGAAAAAUUCUGACUUGUGUAGUUUUAGUAGGAUGGUUAAACAUGUUGAGCUGGGGAAUAUGAGCAGGGAAUGAAAAAAUAUAGUACAUUGUUCUGUCAUUGUUAUCAGCUACUAAUUGUUUCAGCCCCCGCACCCCGCCUCUAUUACAAUCAAAGCCGCCACCAACUUUUAAGACAGUGAAUAAUACUGUGAUGGAUUAUGUAACAUAUUCCCCUAAAAAGAACACAGAAAAUCGAGCAAAGGGAAAAUAAUUGCUGUAAAUACACUGUCUUUAAAAUAUAAAUAAAUAAGAAAACCAGCACGUGAUCUGGAAUUUUUCGCAGCCAUAAAAUGCAUAUGUUAGCAUUUGUUUGGGCCAUUUUACAGAUCGAAAAUAUAAAAUGUAGACAGAUUUUCCUAUCCUUUCAUAUACUUCAACUAGUGAAAUCCCUUCUCUUUCAUAUACCUCAAACCUACAUGUAAAAAGGAUACCCCUUUCGGGCCGAGUUUUCUCGUAUAGGCCAUUAUAGAAAAUUGAAAGUACCCCCCCCCCACCCCCAACCCCACGGUGGCUUUUCAUUCUCUGAAAAGAAACCUCGACGUUUAUACCUACCAUAAUGAUAUUCCGAAGAUAUAGCGAGUCUUAAUUCAACUUCUUUUUCAGGAACUGAAAAGAAGAUUUGUAGAGGUGUUAAGUGCAGGUGUAAUCAUUGAAUCAAAGGAUGCGUGUGGCAUAUAGUAUGGCUAUCUACUGAUUCUGCACAACCACUGAUAAAAUAAUGAGCGGGGAAAUGUGUCAAACCUGAAGAUACCCUGGGGGUUCGACUGAAGCACAGUCAACUCCGUGUAAGACGGACACCUUUCGCGUAUUUCUUUUUUUUUUUAGAGAAGUGACUACCUAUAUAGAGAGUCAAAUAGAGGUACUGAAGCAAACUGAAGCAAAGCAUUCCCCACCCCUCCCAUUUUCUCAGGGAAACGCCCUGGGAACGAGGUUAAAGCGGGGACUCCCUCCUUGAGUCCGUUGUAGGGAGGUGGCCGUUAAGAGACUGGGAACUAUAUUGCCGCCAGAUCACAGAAAACUUCAAAUCUCUGAUAGAACAAAGACAUCCUAGAGGGGAAGAGGUUGGGGCUUAUAUUUUUUAAACAGAAAGAAAACAUUGGACCGUGAUUUUUCCAGCAUUGUAGGAGAUGCUGGUAAGAUAUUUCACAGACUCUUGGCACUGCAGCCAGUAACAAAAACCAGAUUUUUUUUGUUUCCUCCUUACGCUGAACGUUAAAAAUUUGGGCGAUAACGACAUUUGAUUACAACUAGUGGAAUCCUUCAGUAAUUUUCGGUUACAUUUAUCUGAGGAACUGCUCCUAGUGAAGCCAGCGCGCGGUACUGGCUACCAAACAAUACUUUAAAGUAGCAUAAAGCUGUUGAGUGUAACGGAAGAACCCAUCCCCGUCCCACAUCUUCACCUCAGAUUAUUUAAGAUAUCGAUAUUGAUAUAUCAAACAGAAUUAUCAAUGAGUUCCCACCCCGGGGGAAAGAAAAACUCCGAGCCGAGCUGUUUACUUACUGACAAGAGAGGAUCCUCUCUUGCUUACUGAUGAGCACGGUCCGGAAAGCGAGAAUUUGUCUAACCUGCGAAGCAAGCGACAAAAGGAUAACCUAUGAACAGGCUUUCUGUUUGGGGAAAGUGUGAUCUGAAAAAAUCACGAGGUUUUUUUCACCCUUUUCCCCAAACGGAGAUCCUGCUCAAAGGCUAACAAAAAGGGGCAAGGGAUUGGGAGCAAGGGGGGAAGGGAGGGGAGGGUAAUUUGAUUUCAUGGGAUUAGUACAGGAUUAAAACUGGUAAACUGCCUCGAUCUCAUGUAAUGCGGAAAUUUGUUAGUACCUUGAUAAAAUUAUAGCGGAUCAGUAGAAAAUUGGGAGGAGUUGAGGGAAAACUAUCUUUCGUAAUACUACCACUGAAAUUUGUCACAAGUCGGGUUGUCAAGAAAGUCUCAGCGGUAGAGUAUAUGACAGCACAUCUGCGACAAUAAAAAUUCCAUUUUACUUCAAAUCACACACAAAAUGCGAGUCUUGUAAAGGUCACACAAGAGGCAUAUCUGGCAGUGUAAGAAGAAAAACAGGAAGUCUAAGAUUAACGCCCUCACUGAAAGAUGGGUCAUAAGAGCUCUAGCUUGAGAGCCUUUUGUUAUUUCUUUAAAGAAACAUUAUUUGUAUAUUGGAUUUAAUGUGACUUCUCGUAUUCCUGGUUGGCUGCAUUUUUGGAGCUAUUUCUGGAAGCACUUACGUCUGACUCACUUUUGUCGACGUAAUUUGAUCAAAGUGAAACUGAAAGCUAAAUUACAGAAGAGAAAAAUCCCUUAGGUUCAACUUUUUCGAGCUUGGUAGAAGGGUUGAUUGUGGCUUGGUAAGUUUUGUGCAAGUCCUGUUAUUUUGUGAAGGAAACGGCAAUUAACUUUUAACUUAAUUUUGUCUUACAAAAGUAUAAUUUCUUGCAGACCCUUUCGUCGUGACAAAUCAAGCGAACCGAUCAAGACUAACUACUUGGGAAUUUAUAACUUAGGUAGGCAUUACAUUAGCUGAAGCUACACUAAAACUCCAAGGUUCCUUUAUCUUAGAAAUGCAACUAGUUCUUAAUCUUCAGGGUUAAACUUUUGUCAAAGUAUGUUAGUCCGUGUUGUCUAUGAACUUUCAGAUCGCAGAGGGUUUUUUCAUGAUCAUGUAGGAUUUCCUUUCCGCCCUUUCACUGAUUUAUUAUACAUACAUGGUUAUCAUUCCGCUCUGUAUACAUUAAACCUCCAUUAAGUGGCCAGUAAUCAAUGUCCCGAAGUAAUUGCAGAAAAGAAUGGGAAAUUAAACCUCUAUUGAGCGGGCAACUCUAUUAUACAGUUGAACCUUCAAGCGGCCAUCCUCCAUUAAGCCGCCAGUAAUCAUCAGUAAUCAAAGCCCCGAAAAUUCUCCAGCGCAUAGCAAUCAUGGCUAUUUUAUCGUCGGUCACAUCCUUAUUAAAUAGCCAAACUUCGAAUAAACACUUCGAACUUACAAGGGACAUAUUCAAAAACAAUAUAUUAUCUGCCAUCGAUUCCUAACGACCACACUUAGUUAGCAGAGGAAAAUCAAGUUGAGGGAAAACUAUCUUUUGUAAUACUACCUCUAAAAUUUGUCAACAGUCCGGUCCUGCGUCUGGUUUGCCAAAAAAUGAAGACGUUGUCAAGAAAGUCUCAGAGCAGGGUAGGGUAUAUGACAGCACAUCUGCAACAAUAAAUAUUCCACUUUACUUGAAAUCACACACAAAAUGCGAGUCUUUGUUAAAGGUCACACAAGAGGCAUAUCGGCAGUGUAAGGAGAAAAACAGGAAGUCUAAGACCAACUUUCUCACUAAGAUUUCAUCAGUCUACAUGUACAGAAUUUGUCAGGGGCACCCAACGACGGUUUUCUCCUAAAAGCAUUGAAAACACUUUUUAGGCUAUCCGCAGUACUUUAAUUUUAGAUGUGUAGAAAUACAUUCUUAUCGGCGCUAGUUUAUAUUUGUUCAGUCAUCCUAGGGCAACUUGAAUCUUUUCGAAAUUACCAGGGCUUCAGUAUUAUAUUUUCCCGAAAAUGUUUAGAGGCAAUUUUAAGUUUUACGAAGGUGAGAAUUUUUCUGAUCCCUCUUUCCAUCGCAUUUUCGAAUCCAACAAUUUUAGGUUUCCUUUUUCUGUGAAAAAACGCUUAAUCCAAGGAGUGAAAUGCAAAAAAUUAAACUUCAGAAAAUGGUAGGGAAUUUAUUAGAUAAGCUAAUCAAACAUGAAUGGAACGGUCAUCUAGAAAUUCUUAGCAUGUCUUAGCCUUCCUCAAGGUAUAGAAAAUUCUAGGCAAUUUUUGCUUCUUCGAACAGAUAUUUUACGGAAAACAGCCGUUGGGUGCCCCUGAUUUGUUAUAAGAGCUUUUUGGCGACGAAAUUUGAUCAAAGUGAAACUGAAAGCUAAAUUACAAAAGGGAAAAAUCCCUUUGGUUCAACUUUUUCGAGCUUGGUAGAAGGGUUGAUUGUGGCUUGGUAAGUUUUGUGCAAGUCCUGUUAUUUUGUGAUGGAAAAUGCAAUUGACUUUUAACUUAAUUUUGUCUUACAAAAUAUAAUUUGCUUGCAGACGCUUUCGUCGUGACAAAUCAAGGGAACCGAUCAAGACUAAUUGGGAAUUUAUAACUUAGGUAGGCAUUGCAUUAGCUGAAGUUACAAUAAAACUCCAAGGUUCCUUUACCUUAGAAAUGCAACUGGUUCUUAAUCUCCAAGGUUAAACUUUUGUCAAAGUAUGUUAGUCCGUUUUGUCUAUGAUCUUUCAGAUCGCAGGAGAAUUUUUCCGCGAUAGUACCAAUCAUGUAGGAUUUCCUCUCCGCCCUUUGAUUGAUUUAUUAUGCACACAUAGUUAUCAUCCCACUCUGUAUACAGUUGAACCUCCAUUAAGUGGCCACCUAUUAAGCAGCCAUCCUCCAUUAAGCGGCCAGUGAUCAAUGCCCCGAAAUAAUUGUAGAAAAGAAUGGGAAAUUAAACCUCUAUUGAAGCAGCCACCUCUAUUAAGCGAUCGUGGCCACCUUUUUGCUGUUCCAACGACAGUUUUCCCAUUUUUGUCACCUCUAUUAAGCGGCCAUAAACAAUAAAGCUCCUAACAGAAGAAGGUUGGCUUUAUUUUAAGAGCCGUGAUGAAGGAAAAUAGUCCGAGAUAAAAGAGGACGGCCUCCCCGUAUACGCCAAUAUAGGGAGUACCCCACCAGGGGAUUUUCGAAACCCUCAAGUUUUUUUCUAUAAAUGACAUUCAAUUACUGAAGAUGUACCGAGAGAGCAACAAAUCCCUGGAAGAACAAAAACAUCCCAGACUGGAGGGGGUGCGAAUUUUAUUCUUUAACCGAAAGAAAACAUGGAAUCGUGAUUUUCCUGACUCUUAGGCUGACUGCAGCCAGCACAAAACCAGAUUUUUGCUUCCUUCUAACGCUGAUCGUUAAAAAUGCGGUGCAUUUGGGCGAUGGCGACAUUUGAUUGCAACUAGUGGUAUCCUUCAGUUAGCCUGCGAACAAGCUCUCCUAUUUGGGCAAGCGAAGUGAGCCUCGCGAAAACGCGCGAGCGAGGGGCCGUCGCGGCUUCCCCGCUUGCUCGCGCGUUCUCGCGAGACUCGCUUCACUCGCCCAAAUAGGAGAGCUUGCUCGCAGGCUAUCCUUCAGUAAUUUGGGGUUACGUUUAUCUGAGGAACUGCUUACAGUGGAGCCAGCGCGCGCUACUGGCUACCAAACAAUACUUUAAGGCGACAUAAAGCUUUAAAGCGUUAAGCCGUUCUCGUCACACAUCUUCUUCGGUUUUGAUCAAACAGAACCAUCAAUCAGUUCCCACCCUGGGGGUAGAAAAAACCCCGAACUGUUUACUUGGUGAUGAACACGGAAAGUGAAAAUUUGUCUGACUGCAUAGCAAGCGUCAACAGGGGUUAGGGAUUGGAAGGAGGGAGGGAGGGGUGGGGAAUUUGAUACCAGGGGAUUAGUAGACGAUUGAAACAAACUACCUCAAUCUCACUUAAUGCGGAAAUCGUAAUACAUUGAUAAAAUUAAAGCGGACAUAGAAAAUUGGAAGAACCUGGAAGGAAAACUAUCUUUCGUACGGAAUUACGACUGCAAUUUGUCACCAGUCCGGUUGUCAAUCAAGUUCCAGGGGUAGGCCCUAUGACAGCACAACUGCGACAAUUGAAAUUCCAGUCUUAUUUUUUUUCACCUCAAAUCAAACACAAAGUGUAUUUGAGCCUCGUUAGAAGAUUAGAAGGUCACUCAUCACAAAGCAUAUCCGGCAGUAUUCGGAGAAAAAACAGGAAGUUUCAGACCAACUGUUCGGAAGUCAGCCAAACGCGGUAAUUGCACGCGUGCUGAACAAGAAUGUUGUAUCAUGACAGACUAAACUCCCAAAGCACAAACUUAGCCAAAACGCUAAAAAUCUUCAAUGUUUACUCAAGUUUGGGCUUAUAGAACAUAAUGUCACAGUUUUUCAAUGAUCACGAAAUUCAGAAUUCGGGUAGUCAGUUAAUCGUUAAUCAAUUGUGGCCCUGAAAAGAUUUGAAGGAAAAAAAACUACGAAUUUUUAAGAAAAUGCUUUUUUCGUGAGAAGGACUCUUAAACGCUGACAAAAGUCAACAACUAGCUAAAACUAUAAUUUGUAUAUGUUUGCAUUGCUCGAAAUCGCGCGCAUUUACAAGUCCUUAAAGUUUUUUGCUGACUUGCACGGACCUAUCUGUUAUAAAGAUCCCCAAAAUAAAAGGAAUAAAUCUCAUAGUUUAUUAGAUAUUAUCGAGUAAAGUUGGCUCUUCAUUUUCGCAUAAAUUAUGACCUAAAUUUGGAAACCGCUGAAUUUCUCGCAUUGGGUCUUUGCGAUUUUGGUGAAAGUCUGUUCAACGCAAGGCACUAAUACGCACUAUAUGUACCCGAGAGAUUUUCACGAAAAAAUACCGGCAACAGCAGAAUUUCGACUCAGACCCCAAGAGGUGUGGCACUAUAACCACGUAACAUUUACUCUGAUCGCCAAAAAUUUUACUAUAUUGCAGAUUGAUCUAUAUGUUAUCCAUGCUAUAUGUUAGACUUACGAUCAAAGUAAAGGUGGGGAUACCAGAGAGCUUCAAAGUAGGAUGGUACCCUCACAAAAUAACUGGAUCGAGUCACCUUAAGCUCUCUUUUUCCCGCCGAAACUGACGUUCUCGUCCCAGUCUUUUCCCAGUCAGCAGACGUCGUCGUCGUGAAAUUCGUCGUGGUUCUUAAGUUCCCUAUUACCGGUUCCUCGUCCCUAGAGUUGCUAUUGUCGUCCCUUUCGUCGGGACAAAUCAAGCGAACUAUCAAAACUACUUGGGAAUUUCUAAAUAAGGUAGGCAUUGUAUUAGCUGAAGUUACACUAGAACUCCAAGGUUCCUUUACCGUAAAAAUGCAUUAUAACAGAGCUCCACGCGUACGAGCGUAGCCCCUACCUAAAAUAAAAAAAGUGUGGUAAUCUACUUACUCCAGCUGUUACCCGAGAAGUUUUGGUAAUCACGUAACCGUACGCUCGCCCGUCCCACAGGCAUACCAAUGUAAAAUAACUGAAUCAACAAGUAAUAUAUAGAUUUACCCAGGGCUAAAAGAAAAGCUUUGGUUAAUAAUACUUAUAGACAAAAAAAAUUAAAUCGUGUAAUGUUCAACGGCGACGUCAAUGAAAAUGGCAUCAAGAUCAAUAGAUCUAACAAGAAUCGCCAAAAGGUGAUUUUUACUGUGCUGCCAAUUUAAUUUUCCUGGGGGGCGGGGGGCGGGGGUGGGUGGCUGCACACUUAGUCCACCAGGCUUGUCGCUGACCAUUGCGUGACAUAGCAUCUCAUGUGAGAGUUAAACAGUUACUCAUUUGAACAUUGUACCCUUUUGGAAGACUUUCGUAACAAGAAAAAUGAGUACCAUUUUUAAGUCGGGGCUGUAUAGUACCUUUUCAAAUUCCACCAUUAUGAAGAAAAAUAUGGAAGUGAGCCAUUGAUUCUAAGCAGGAAACAAUAAGCGUCAUUUUCACGCACCCCUCGCUCAAUCUCUCUGCUCCCCAAAAUAUUGCUGGUUUUCAGUGUCACGCCAUUCAAAAUAGAUCAAAAUAAAAAUCAAAACCGUUCAAAAGAUAAAGUCCAGAAUCUGCGAAAUGAAAGGAGGUACAUAUACAAAAGACCCUCGCCAAGAUUCAGGUCAGAGGAAUAUUUCGCAUACGAGAUAUCCGAAGAAAUGUUUUACCCGGCAAACUUAUAGAGAUUUGUAUGGAGACGCCAUGCUGGUACUCACCUGGAUGAGCUCCAACAUGGCGGACGGAAACCAACAGAAACAUGUUACCGAGUUUUGCUACAAAAGCGUGAAUCUAUUCUUCGAGAAACUCAUAAACAUUAAAGUAAUAUUUUUUCUAAUGCAUGAACUGUUUAGAUAGCAAAAUUUCCUGAAAUAAGUCAUUUAUUUAACCUACAUGACAGCUCUCUUGGCAGCGUCAUGUAAAUGCCGCGCCACGCAAAAGCUUACUGAAUUUCAAGCGUACUCUAUCACAAAACCAAGAACCCUUUUGAAGCGAAAAUUUGAAUGAAAGUCAGUUUUCAGCUACUCUAAUGCAUCGUGAAAGUAAAAUCUUGGUAGGAUCAAUAGUUUUUUAGUUUGAAUUUUAGUGACGUCAUGUGAAAACCGACAAUAGUGUGACUAAUUUGACCUAACCGGAAAUUCCAAAAACUAUUGUCGUUACGGGUCAAAACUGCUGUUAAUAACAAGCAGUUCAUUUCUCAAUUCUGGUUCUUAAGACUAACAAAGCAAAUUAAAUUUAAGUUUUGUUUUUGUCUGAUAUUGCGUUAUAAAGCCUCUCUAACUGUCCUAGUGAAUAUAUAUAAUAUUUUUUUGACGCGGUGAUCAACAAUGAGCACAUUCCCCAGGACAUCCCUUUCCUGCAAGGAAUGCGGACUUUCACGCGCAAAGCAAGAAUCACAAUAACAUAAAAAGAGACAUUGGCCGUCACAUCUACUUUAUGGAAGAUAAUUUAUUGUAUGCAAUUUCUAAGUUACGCCAUGUGUAGUUCAAUGUUGUUACUGAAGUUCUUCGUACAUCGAUGUCGUAUAUUCUAAGUAGCAUAGUGCACACAGCAUAGAGAUCAGAGAAUGCGUCAAGUGGUCGCUUACAAGAGCUUAAAAAUAAUGGAAAAUCAUUAAACUUUCAGGCCCAAAAAGUGGUCGCGGUCGCUUACGGGAGGUGGUCAUUUACUAGAGGUUCCAACUGUAAGGCUUUGACAGGGAAAGUUUUGGUGUUUUGGAUUGGCGGUCUCUUAUGGGAAGUGGUCGCUUACGAGAGGUGGUCCCACGUGGAGGUUCGACUGUACCAUCAACUGACGUAAUACAACUCACUUUGACUCUGCAGAUAAUUACCGCGCCUCAGUCAAUGUCAAUGCAACAGUCCUAUUUAGUACUACGUCAGCCCUCGGACGAUCAUGCUCAUCCUACUUAUAGGUCUACCUAAGAAAAUAGGAGGGAAAAAAGGAAAACUCCUCAGGUUUAUACACCGAGUUGGACUUGAGCUGGAACCAGUUGUGGAACUAUUACAGUUUUUUAGAGACCCACAAGCUUAAAACACCUGUAACUUUCUCAGUGUUUUGGUGGUAAAGAAAUAGGUUUUCUUUUCAAUUGCUAAACACUUGUAUUCCGCUACCUAGAGAUGUUAACCCUUAGAAAUAGGUUCACUUUCCCAAAUUUGAAUUUUCUGAAAUGUUUCCGCUGGCCCGGUUUGUUGUUUGUUGACAACAAAUUUAUUUUUUCAGCGGAAGGUAGAUGAAUAUAUAAUGAGUAGAUAGACAAUUUUUAUUACAUAAACACCAAUGAAAUACCAAGUGAUCUUUCGCGCGAAAACUUCAUAUCUUCACAUUUGAAAAUGUCAUCGUUGCUAUAGCUUCAUAAUAAACCGCACCUUUGAGACCAAAAGACUAUUUAAGUAAAAUGGUUGGUAUUUCAUUGGUGUUUAUAUAGUAAGUAGAAAAUUACAUGGUCGCUUGGAGGUACGAAAUUUCUCUUCUCGUGUUGAAAAAAAUAUUUCGCGAAUAAGCGCAGCGAACGAGUGAAAUAUUUUUCAACACUCGAAGAGAAUUUUCCCAUCUCCGCGCGGCCAUAUAAUAUCCUCCAUAUAUACACCAUGUUUAAACAAUGGUAAAUCUGUUUCUUUGUUUUUUGUUUUUGUUUUUUUUUUAAUUUCGAUCAUUAUCACCAAACGAAUGUUAAUAUUUUCCUUUUUUAGAAAAGACCCCAGUCCACCAAGUCAUAUUAUACAACGAUGAAAAACACAUAGAAGGAUCCCUUUUUGAGGCAAAUCAAAUCCGACUGUGAUAGACAAAAACCAGUAGUAAAGGAGCUAAUAAAUAAGCUUUUACUCCAGCUUUUAAUUUUACUUUUCAGACCCUCUUCGUUAUCGUACAUAGAGAGAAAUAGUAUCAGCAGAAAAAAGAAACCACAAUAUGUGGCUGAGCUGAAAUAGAAAAGCCAGCAAAAAAAAAAAAUAUGACAACCGCAGCUAUUAAUGGUAAUAUUGGCGACCCCUUUGUCAACUUUAAAGAUUUCCAGCACGCCCUAGGCAUCGCCUAUUACAGGCUUGGAGAUUUCCAGAAAGCCAUAGAGUACUAUGAACGACACCUCAAAAUUUCGAAAGAAGUGGGAGACAGGGCAGGAGAAGGAACAGCGUACGGUAAUCUUGGCAACGCCUAUCACAGUCUUGGAUAUUUCCAGAAAGCCAUAGAGUACCACGAACGAUACCUCAAAAUUUCGAAAGAAGUGCGAGACAGGGCAGGAGAAGGAGGCGCGUACGGUAAUCUUGGCAACGCCUAUCACAGUCUUGGAGAUUUCCAGAAAGCCAUUGAGUACCAUGAACGACACCUCAAAAUUUCAAAAGAAGUGGGAGACAGGGCAUGGGAAGGAGGAGCGUACGGUAAUCUUGGCAACGCGUAUCAAGGUCUUGGAGAUUUCCAGAAAGCCAUAGAGUACCAUGAACGACACCUCAAAAUUUCGAAAGAAGUGGGAUACAGGGCAGGAGAAGGAAUAGCGUACGGUAAUCUUGGCAACGCCUAUCAAGGUCUUGGAGAUUUCCAGAAAGCCAUAAAGUACUAUGAACGAGACCUCAAAAUUUCGAAAGAAGUGGGAGACAGGGCAGGAGAAGGAACAGCGUACGGUAAUCUUGGCAACGCCUAUUUUCGUCUUGGAGAUUUCCAGAAAGCCAUAGAGUACCAUGAACGACACCUCAAAUUUUCGAAAGAAGUGGGAGACAGGGCAGGAGAAGGAAAAGCGUACGGUAAUCUUGGUAACGCCUAUCACAGUCUUGGAGAUUUCCAGAAAGCCAUAGAGUACCAUGAACGAGACCUCAAAAUUUCGAAAGAAGUAGGAGACAGGGCAGGAGAAGGACAAGCGUACUGUAAUCUUGGCAACGCCUAUCACAGUCUUGGAGAUUUCCAUAAAGCCAUAGAGUACCAUGAACGACACCUCGAAAUUUCGAAAGAAGUGGGAGACAGGGCAGGAGAAGGAAAAGCGUACGGUAAUCUUGGCAACGCCUAUCACAGUCUUGGAGAUUUCCAGAAAGCCAUAGAGUACUAUGAACGAGACCUCAAAAUUUCGAAAGAAGUGGGAGACAGGGCAGGAGAAGGAAAAGCGUACGGUAAUCUUGGAAACGCCUAUCACACUCUUGGAGAUUUCCAGAAAGCCAUAGAGUACCAUCAACGACACCUCAAAAUUUCGAAAGAAGUGGGAGACAGGGCAGGAGAAGGAAAAGCGCCCGGUAAUCUUGGCAACGCCUAUCACAGUCUUGGAGAUUUCCAUAAAGCCAUAGAGUACCAUGAACGACACUUCGAAAUUUCGAAAGAAGUGGGAGACAGGGCAGGAGAAGGAACAGCGUACGGUAAUCUUGGCAACGCCUAUCAAGGUCUUGGAGAUUUCCAGAAAGCCAUAGAGUACCAUGAACGACACCUCAAAAUUUCGAAAGAAGUGGGAGACAGGGCAGGAGAAGGAGGCGCGUGCGGUAAUCUUGGCAACGCCUAUCACAGUCUUGGAGAUUUCCAGAAAGCCAUAGAGUACCAUGAACGACACCUCAAGAUCUCGAAAGAAGUGGGAGACAGGGCAGGAGAAGGAAAAGCGUACAGUAAUCUUGGCAACGCCUAUCGCAGUCUUGGAGAUUUCCAGAAAGCCAUAGAGUACCAUGAACGAUACCUCAAGAUCUCGAAAGAAGUGGGAGACAGGGCAGGAGAAGGAAAAGCGUACGGUAAUCUUGGCAACGCCUAUCACAGUCUUGGAGAUUUCCAGAAAGCCAUAGAGUACCAUGAACGACACCUCAAAAUUUGGAAAGAAGUGGGAGACAGGGCAGGAGAAGGAAAAGCGUACUGUAAUCUUGGCAACGCCUAUCACAGGCUUGGAGAUUUUCAGAAAGCCAUAGAGUACUAUGAACGACACCUCAAAAUUUCGAAAGAAGUGGGAGACAGGGCAGGAGAAGGAAAAGCGUACAGUAAUCUUGGCAACGCCUAUGACAGUCUUGGAGAUUUCCAGAAAGCCAUAGAGUACCAUGAACGACACCUCAAAGUUUCGAAAGAAGUGGGAGACAGGGCAGGAGAAGGAAAAGCGUACUGUAAUCUUGGCAACGCCUAUCACAGGCUUGGAGAUUUCCAGAAAGCCAUAGAGUACCAUGAACGAGACCUCAAAAUUUCGAAAGAAGUGGGAGACAAGGCAGGAGAAGGAGGAGCGUACGGUAAUCUUGGCAACGCCUAUGACAGUCUUGGAGAUUUCCAGAAAGCCAUAGAGUACCAUGAAGGAGACCUCAAAAUUUCGAAAGAAGUGGGAGACAGGGCAGGGGAAGGAGGAGCGUACGGUAAUCUUGGCAACGCCUUUAGAAAUCUUGGAGAUUUCCAGAAAGCCAUAAAGUACCAUGAACGACACCUCAAAAUUUCGAAAGAAGUAGGAGACAGGGCAGGAGAAGGAGGAGCCUACGGUAAUCUUGGCAACGCCUAUCACAGUCUUGGAGAAUUUCAGAGAGCUAUUCAGUGUUAUAAGAACAGUGUUAUAGCCUUCGACCACAUUAGAAGAAAUCUCAUAUCUAACGACGAAUGGAAGAUUACCCUUAAAAGUACGUAUGAUCAUAUUAAUUUGAGGCUGUGGGAGCUGCAGUUUAAGGAAGGUAAAGUCAUUGAGGCACUUUUAACUGCUGAUCAAGGACGUGCAGGAGCUUUAAAUGAUCUUCUGGAGUUCAAUUAUGGCCUUAAAGGGUUACGCCAAGAAAUAGGAACACUCUCUGCAAGCCCAAGUGAUUUUGCUAGUUACUUACCACCAAAUACAGCUUUCAUGGGUAUCAGCGAGGGAGGAAUAGUUCUCUGGGUGAACGAGAAAGGAAAUGAAAUCAAAACUAGAAGAACUGAGAUUGAUAUGUCCGUCACAACCUAUUUUCAGUCUCUAUUGGAGGCUACACAUAAAGAAAUAGGUGUAAGAGCUGAUGUUAAUUGUGAAGAUCGCUCAUUAAGUAACCCAAGCGAUAAGUUAGCAGAAAAAAGAUCAAGUAAGCCAAAGUCUCAUCCUUCAUAUUUUGACACAAAGUCAUUGCAAACAUUUUACAAUGUUGUCAUAGACCCCAUAAGAGACAUAAUCCAGGGCGAUGAGGUUGUGAUUGUUCCAGAAGGACCUCUGUGUUUGGCGCCUUAUGCUGCUUUCAUGGACUUGAAAUCAAAGUACCUCUGCGAAACGUUUAGAAUUCGUCUGCUUCCCUCACUUUCUAGUCUGCGAUUAAUCCAAAAUUGUCCAGCAGAUUGGCACAGCAAGACUGGCGCUCUUCUUGUCGGCGAUCCGUGGGUACAAGAGGUAAUUUAUGAAGGAAAGAAAUUAAAGCAGUUAGCGUACGCCGAAAAGGAAGUGCAGAUGAUCGGGGAAAUACUUCAAACUGCACCUCUCGUUGGAAAGCAUGCAACAAAAGAUGAAGUUUUAAGGCGUAUUUCCUCGGUUGGUUUGGUGCACAUUGCUGCUCACGGUAAAAUGGAAACAGGGGAAAUUGCCUUAGCCCCCAACACAACACGUUCAUCCCCGAUUCCAGUCAAAGAAGACUAUCUCUUAACUAUGAAGGAUGUUUUAAAGGCGCAGAUUAGGGCAAGACUUGUUGUACUCAGUUGCUGUCAUAGUGCUCGCGGAGAAGUCAAAUCUGAGGGAGUGGUCGGUAUUGCACGGGCAUUUUUGGGCGCUGGUGCUCGUUCUGUUCUGGUCUCCCUAUGGGCGAUUGACGACGAGGCUACGAUGGAGUUCAUGGAAUUUUUCUACCGACAACUAGUCAAUGGAAGAGGUGCCAGUGAGGCUCUGAAUGAGGCCAUGAAAUCCAUGAGAGAAUCUGACCGCUUUAGUGCAGUGAGGUACUGGGCACCGUUUGUUCUCAUUGGUGACGACGUAACGCUUGAGUUUGAGGGCAUCAAAUAA